AUGACCGACGUUCCUCCUACAGCUAUUCCGCUUACCACCUCGGAAGUUCCUGACCCCUUUAUUGGCUCUGACUAUGGCGAGGACGACAAUUUUAAUGCAACCGCUGAGUUGCCCUAUGAGCUCAUCGAUUACCCGUUUGACUAUGGUCGGCGAUAUAAUGCCUUUCAGGAGGGGGAGUAUUGGGCCCCGAAUGACGACGUGCAGCAAAACCAAAUGAAUAUCUCGCACUGUAUGUUCUAUCAGUUGCUUGGUGGAAAACUCACCGAUGCACCAGUUCCCACAGGAAUAAGGGAGGUAAUUGAUCUCGGCACUGGGAAUGGCAUAUGGGCAAUUGAAUUUGCGGACGAGCAUCCGUCGGCCAAUGUAACUGGGAUCGACUUCUCAGCAAUCCAACCAAGUCGUCUGCCCAACAACUGCAGUUUUAUCGUCGAUGACGUUUGCGAAAAAUGGUGUUAUCCAAUAAACCAUUUCGACCUCGUUCACAUUCGACAACUAUACGGCUCUGUCGCCAAUUGGCCAAGUCUUUAUGCAUCCAUCUAUAGACAUCUAAGACCCGGGGGUUGGAUAGAUCAACAGGAGAUGUCGGUUGAGUUUAAAUCCGACGACGGCUCGUUGCCUUACGAUCAUCCACUUCGACGAUGGUCGAGGCUUAUGCUCGAAGCUGGGGAGAUAAGCGGAAAGACUUUUCGCAUUGUUGAUCGAGUCCGGGACCAUCUACUUGACGCCGGAUUUUUCAACAUCGUUGAAAAGAGACAUAAGGUGCCUGUGGGAACAUGGCCGACCGACGAGAGAAUGAGCAUGCUCGGAAAACUCAAUCUCGAUCAAAUAAAAGCGGGCAUUGACGGUUGGACAACAAUGCCAUUCAUGCGAGAACUAAGAUGGUCGUAUGUUGAUAUGCGUGAUUUUAUUCAAGAUAUUCUGGAAGCUCUAGACGAUCCAAACUUACACGCUUAUAUCGAGGUAACUUCCAUUUAUGCGUCUAAACCCAGCUAG